UUCGUUCCAUCUUGUGAAAAAGCGAACCAGCGAAGCAGUAUUACGGUACUGCUGACAGUAGGCCUUCGAGGCUUGCUGGUUCUCACUUAGUGUUUUACUGUCUGUCAGCGACUGACGGAGCUGGGACUGACUAGCUCUCUGCCUGUGGACUAAGCGGGAUCUCGCGAGAGCGGUGGCGUGGCUGGCUGGCAGUAGGGUUGCAGUAGACAGAGGGAGAAGGCAGGCAGGCAGCAUCAUGGCGGACAGAGACAGUGGAAGUGAGCAGGGAGGAGCAGCCACGGGCCCGGGUGUCGGUUCCAUGCACCCAGUGACAGGAGGGGCGGGCUCGGCUUCCGGGCUGCAGCAUGAGACGCAAGAGCUCGCUUCGAAACGGGUUGACAUUCAGAACAAACGUUUCUAUCUGGACGUAAAACAGAAUGCGAAGGGCCGCUUCUUGAAGAUAGCUGAAGUCGGGGCUGGGGGAAACAAGAGCCGCCUCACUCUCUCUAUGUCAGUUGCUGUUGAGUUCCGUGACUACCUGGGGGAUUUCAUCGAACAUUAUGCCCAAUUGGGUCCUAGCAAUCCGGACAUGGUGCAGGAUGAACCGCGACGCGCUCUGAAGAGCGAGUUCCUGGUAAGAGAAAAUCGGAAAUACUACAUGGACCUGAAAGAGAAUCAGAGAGGCCGGUUCCUAAGAAUUCGACAAACGGUGAACCGGGGGCCCGGAUUGGGAUCCACGCAAGGCCAGACGAUCGCUCUUCCUGCCCAGGGACUUAUUGAGUUUCGUGACGCUUUGGCCAAACUCAUUGAUGAUUACGGAGUUGAGGACGAACCCGCAGAGUUGCCAGAGGGUACAUCUUUGACUGUGGACAACAAACGGUUCUUCUUUGACGUGGGCUCGAAUAAGUAUGGAGUGUUUAUGAGGAUAAGCGAGGUGAAACCUACGUACCGCAACUCUAUCACGGUGCCCUACAAAGUGUGGUCCAAAUUCGGAAACACUUUUUGUAAAUAUGCAGACGAGAUGAAAAAAAUUCAGGAGAAACAGCGAGAGAAGAGGGCAUGUGAGCUACAACAGCAGCAAGAGGAAUUGCAUGGCGACGAUGGAGACGAGGAUUGAUAAAUGGAGAGAAAACAUGCAAAAUUAAUCAAAAUAACAAGAGAAAUUAUAAUUAAAACUUUACUGUAAAAAGAAAGAAACCUAAAGAUUUAACUGUAACUGUUUAACUUCAAGGGAGCACCACCCACAAAUCAAACCUCCACAGACUGACAGUUGCGACUACAUGUCACCCAUCGCUGGAUGUUACCCACGUAAUCCACCAUUAAUACAGUAAGCGGCUGCUAAACAAAGUAAUAACAUUAUAUAUGAACCGUGUUUCCUACUUGAUUACAAAUGAUAAAGAACUUGAGUGUUUAUUUCCCCUUAUUAACCAAGAACUUUUGUACACGUUCAAGCUAUUACAAAAGGUGUUUGCAAUGUUCAAAUAGAAUUGUUGCCGAAAUGCGAGAAACAAGACCUUUUCUUGUGAGCUAAUGACUUCAGCACAAAUCAGAAAUUUUAAUUUUACUGUCUUUUUCUCUUUUGUUCCUUUUUGAACCAAAACGUAAAACCCUUUCAAGAAGGUUGUCAUGUUUACCACCACAUAUGUUUCAUGUGAGGGCUAGGGGUUGAAAUGUCAUGCAAGCAUUCUGCCUGUCAUAGGUAGGCCUACAACAGGCAAAUCCAUUGGAAGGGAUCAAGAGCUGUUUGCAAUAGGCUAUACAUUGCAUCGAUAUCACACAUAUUGGACUGGAUGGUGGAUCUCAAAAUGAAGACCUUUCCAAGAGGCAUAUUAAUAUUAUUAAUGUAUUUUUUUUAUUGAGUCAUGCAGAUCAUUAUUCUAUAUCUUUGUGUCUUGUUGUCAUGCAGUGUGUAUGGAAAAGGUACCUGACUUUUUUUAAGGAAGUACAGUAACUACUUGCAGCAAUGACAUGAGUGCUUGAAGAUGCAGUCCAUGAUUUGGUUUCACUUUUCCAAAAUGUUGUAGUUGGAGCUCAACAGCCUAUUAAAUUACUCACCUCCUCCAUUCUCUUGAAGCACCAUUUUGAUUGGCUGGGAUUGUUUAUGGCUCAGUGUGAGCCACAUAUUGUAUGUUCAUUUUCCAUUUACAGAGGCGGGGCUGCGUACGAACACCGCCCUUGAGCGCAAACACUGAAUGGACAGGUCGAGAACUGUGAGGAGCAAUUCACUGAACUCGACAAUAAAAUGUAGGAAAUUAGUCAUGGACUGCACCUUUAAUGACAUAUUUGUAAUAUAGAAUUUUCAACCCUUCUUUAAAGCCCAUUAAAAUGUACAGGAUCUUACAAAAGUGCUAAUGUAAAAAAAAAAAAUGCAAAGUAUGAUUUUGUGAAUCAGAAGUAUUUCUGUGCUUAUGGAAAAGAGAAAAAACAUCCCGCGUUUUCAGUGGGAAGAAUUUGACAAACAAUCUGUAAAAGUAUUUAAAAUAUCUCUAUCUGUCACUAUAUAUAUGUAUACAGAUAUAGAUCUGUAUAUAGAUAUAUAAGCAUAUGUGUGUGUGGCUGUCAGUGAGUUUGUGUGUGUGUGUGUGUAACAAUCUACCAAUGAGUAAAUGAGUGGUACGGAAGGAUGCUGUAGCUGCAUGUGAACCUGUACACAGUUGCAUUGAGAUGGACAUCUCAAUGACAGUCCUCAAGGACCCUGCAAUGAAGUGGUUUUCAAUUAUAAUUAGACUGUUAGACUGUCUUGUUCAGAUCACUAAAUCUUUGACCACCAAUGUGGAUUUCACUUAGUCUGUAACUGUGGUGCCAUCAUUGCGGACAUGGUAUGUACCAGGGCAGUGACUACUCUUUAAUUUUUCAAUCCUAGUGCCGAGGUCAGUCUACAGCAGCGAGCUCAUGUGGAAAGGGAAACCAUGACUCAACGAGGUCCUUGAGAACCUGUGUUGGGUGCCACUGGCAUUGAUAAUACUUGUUGAGGAGCGUAACUCUUCAGCAUUUAAAACAACCUGGUGCCUUACACGCUCGGCAUGCUUACACGCUGGCUGGUGCUUUGGAUUGCAGUUUGGGUUCAUGUAUUUGAUUACUUUCUUAACCUUCUCGAUGUGUGAUUUCAUUUGAAAGUCUUGUCCCUCCCCGUACCUUCCCCUACCUUUUGUGUGACCACACAACUAGUGAUGCCCACUGGUUCCCCUGGAGAAUAUAGGACAUGGGUUAAAGUCGCAACGAUUUCCCUGUUGACCUAUAUCCCCAAACCCAAUCAUCCAGGCAUCGGCCUACAUGUAAACAUGGAAGGGGGUGUUCACCUGGACAGUAGUGUGAAUGAGCUAGCUCUUCACUUGCAAAGCCUAGGCCAGUGAUAUAACCACAAAGGGUGGUAGGGAGUGCCACUUUUAACUGGGUAGGGAUUUAAUACGCUUGCACUUCCCCUGUGCAAGGUUUCUUGUAAUGCUAUGGCUUGGACAGUAACGUGUCAUUUGUCAGAAUUGUAAGGCCUCUUGUUAGAGGUAUAGUCAGCAUGUCUAAUUUUUCUUUUCUAACAUUAUUCCACAUUAUUUGUCAUUUUGAACAUUUUGGCUCACAAGUUUUUUUUUUUUUUCUUUGUCUUUCUUUCCAGUGCUAUAUUUCAUUACUGUGUGCAAUAUCGUAUGUGCCAAUUGUGGCAAUAUAUGUAUAUCAAUUAAAUAUAAGAUUAAUAUUUGAAAGCAUGUGGCUGAAUUCCACGUUUAUUUCUCUCUUAAGGGUUUUUUUAAAAAAAAAGCCUUUUUCUGCACUUAAACUAAAGGUCUGUAUCUGGGUGAGGAGAGUAGAAGAAACACCAGCUGCCCAGUCUAGACGAGGCUUAGAGACCACUCCAUCACAUCCACACUACAUUCAUUGGACACCUACCUGUUCACCAUUCUCUCCUGUGUCCACACUCCUCCACCUACCGCACCAUCAGUGGGGGUUUCUCGAUGGGAGGGGGAGGGGAAGGGGCAGAUGUGAGGUUGUAUGAGUGGCUGUACAUGUGGUGUCAGUGUUUCAGUGGGGGUUUCAGUGGGAGCUUUUAGCAUGCAGUCAUGUUCCCUGGUUGUACUAAAAACAAAACAAAAAAAAAAAAAAAAAAAAUA